ACUCGACGGGACAAAGAUAAUAUCGUAAAAAUAAAUUUUGGCAAAUUUUUAUUAUACUGAGGUUAAUUUAAAUUAAAUUUCUACAAAUACAGAAUGUGUUUAGAAUUGAGUCCAAAGUAUAUAAAUUAUAUAUUGUUAGUAAAAUCAGAUAUAAUGAAAGGAGGAAACGUAUCAUAAAUAACAGAUAAUUAAAUAUGAAUUGCAUGGAUUAUCUGCACGUUUUAAAAUAUAAGUAUAUUUAUCAAAAACUUUCAAAAUGUUUGCAUAAAGUUAGUUUUUGCAUUGGUCGUCAUCCACUUUUAUUCAUUUGCAUUCCUCUAUUAUUUACCGCAUUAUUCGCUUGUGGAUUCUUGCGAAUAAAAGGGCAAAAUGAAAAAGAAUUUUCAUAUCUUCUUUUUAAUGAAAAAAGUAUCAUAGACAGAUCAGAAAUAGAAAAAUUAUUUCAAGAAAAUGCAACCGAUUUUGAUUUUUCUCGAACAACUAGGUUAAAGGCGUACAGUAGCAUUAUAGCCAAGGCUAAAGAUGGAGGUUCCAUGAUUCGAGAAUCCAUAUUUCAAGAAAUAGAAAAUUUGGAUUGGAUGGUUCGAAAUAUGACCAUAAUUCAUAAAAAGUAUAAUUUAACUUAUACCGAUAUCUGUAGAAAAACAAAAGGAAUAUGUUUCCAUAAUGAUAUUUUAAACUUAGUCGACAAAUUAAGUGCAUUCUUACAUGGCAGAAUACAAAUCAGAUAUCCAACUGUGAUGAGUGCAGCAAAUACUUACGGAAUAAACUUAGGUGGAGUAUCAACAGACGAUGAUGGAUUUGUUAAAGAUUUUAAAGCAAUUCGACUGUUUUAUUUUAUUGAUGAUAAUAAUUCGAGACAACAUUUAAUUGCUAAAAAGUGGGAAGACAAAUUUCUGAACUCUUUAGAAAAACUUUCUUUACGCCAUAUUAAUAUCUCUGGAUUUUCAGGGAGUAUUUGGAAUAAUAAAUUAAGUUCGGUCUCAACCAGAAUUAUACCUUAUAUAAUUGUUACUGUAUUUGCAGUCGUAUUUCUCAUUAUUUCAAUACGCAGAACAACGAAGAUUAUUACAGAUAAUCCAAUAAUUAGCAUUAUUGCAGGUUGCUUCCCUUGUUUUUCCGCAGUUUCUGCUUUUGGCUGUCUUUUGCUGUGUGAUAUGGAAUAUUUUGAUAUUAAUCUCAUAAUUUUUUUCGUUCUUUUAAUUAUAAGUUGGAGUGAUUCGCUUCUAAUAUUUAAAUAUUGGUGUAAAACUCACAUUAAAGACAGCGUAGAAAAAAGGAUGAACGAAACGUAUUCUAAAAUUGUUGUUUCUAUCACAAUAUCUUACUUAAUUAAUAUCAUGUCUUCUUUAUUUGGAAUUAUUAUACCAUUCAAGUUAACGCAAGCAAUUUUUAUUUAUUUGUGUUUUUCUUUGAUAAUUAAUUAUGUCUAUCAAAUCACUUUCUACGGAGGAUGGCUGGCAAUUAGUGGACACAUAGAAGCCAAACAGUCAAAAAGUAUAUUUCUUACUCGCAUCACAUUGCAUCUCGAAUCAACAGACAAUCUCAGCGUCACCAAUAUCCAUUUAUCAAGAAAGAAAAGUAACAUUGCUAACACAGUUAAGAAGAAAUGCUACUUAGGAAAUCUGCUUACUAAACCAAUGACAAAAAUCGUCAUCCUAUUAAUAUUCUUCAUACAUCUUUGUGGAGGUACUUAUUUUUUCAAAUAUUCUUCUCCAUCAUCAAAUUACUCUCAAUAUUAUCAGAACGUUUUUACUCAUAUGGAUUAUAUAAAUGAUGAAGUCAAAUAUUUCUCUAAUUAUCGUGAUAGAAUUCAGCUGAUAAUUGACAAACGAUUAGACUAUUCGGAUUCAGAAAUUCAGAAUAAAAUAGAAAAUUUAAUAAUUUCUCUUCAACGUUUACCCAAUAUGGCUGGAAUUAGUAAAUCGUGGUUGAGGGAGUUUCUAACUUGGGUGAAUUCUUCACAAUCCCAUAGCUCCUUAACUGGAUAUAAUAUGAGUGAUCCUCAACAUUUCAUUGAUGCUCUUUCUAAUGUAUUCUUGAAGCUUAAUUGGACUGAAUCCUUUAAAAAAGAUAUAAUUUUAAGCAAAGAUAGAAAGACCAUAUUAGCAAGCAGAUUUUUUAUCCACACCAACUUAAUUGACAACUCUAGAAAAGAAAAUUCGUUAAUCGAUAGCAUAUUUAACAUAACUGAUUAUUCAAAUAUUCCCAUUCGUGCGUUCAAUUAUCGUUUUAUAUAUUAUAAACAAUACGAUAAUAUAAUGUAUAGUAUGGGAACAUUUCUUAUUAUUAACUGUAUUGUAAUUAUGCUAAUUUUUCCUCUAUCUACUUUAAAUUUUGUAUAUGUUAUAUUCAGUUUAUUUUCGGUAGCAUCUAUUGCUUUUACUACUGUAGGAUAUAUGUUAGUAUGGAAAGUGAAAUUUAAUGCUAUUAUAAUGAUUAUACAAAUUAUUACAACUAUUUUUUCUGUAAAAUGUUUUGUUAAUGUAUCUUACCUUUAUAUUAAAAGCAAAAAAAAGACACCAAAUGGUAAAAUGAGAGAUGCUAUUUCAAAUAUAAUACCUUCUAUUUUGUCAAGUCUUAUAUUAAUAAUUUACAUUCUUUUAAUGUUUAUACCAUACGAUGUAUCGGCGAAUGUGUUUAAAAUCGUUUUUAUUGCUGUAACAUCUAUAAUAUUUUAUAAUUUAUUUGUCAUUCCAACUGUGUUUUCAUCGUUGGAUUAUUUUUGGAUAAAUGUUCAACGUCAAGAUGAAAAGUUAAGUAAUGAAAAAGGGUGUAAAAUUUCUGAAAACAAUGAAUUAUUAAAAUAAAUUUUACAAAAUAAUUAUUCCGAGUGUUAACAGAUUAGGCAAAUAAAAUGUUUUAUGUGCAUUUCGGAUUAUAAAUUAAGAAUGUAAGACUUAUAUUAUAUAUCACUUUUAAGUCUGUUUUUCUAUCUUAGUGAAUUUCAAUCACACACAUAAGAAUAACAUUUUUUUCCCCAC